AUGAGCGUGGUGGUGCAGCAUGUGGAGGAGAAAGCCGUGCACUCUUGGUCACGCAUCUCCACGGCAGGGAAAAAGGCCCUGGAGGAGGCGCUGCUUGUCUUCAACCCCAUGAGUCAGGAUCUCAGUGCUACGGAGGCCCAGCUUGUAGCCUUCCUACAGGGUUUACGGGAUGACGGCUUUCAACCUACGGUCCUGCGCAGUGGUGAUGUCUAUGGCUACAGUUCAUGCACAGCCAACCCCCCAAGCCAGACAAAACUGCAGGCUCGGCCCCCCACCCCAGCUGCAUCAUCACCUCCAGCAAGUGCUCCCCGAACUACCAUGCGGCUGCCCGCAGGCCGGGCCACACUACUCCCCAUGCCACUUUCUGGCAGGCUGGCCAAAGCGUCCUCACCAACCCUUGCCAAGCAUGCUACUACCAACCUACUGCUGAGUUCCCUGAAGCAGUCAAAUGCCAGCCGGGCCCGGGGUGCAGCAAUGGGCUUUCCUGCUCACCUCUAUCCAGGCGUUUACCCUGCCAUGCGGCUUUCUGUUGUCCUUGAAACCCUGGUUCCAUUCAAGACCCCCAUGCCCUGCUUGGGUGCCAAGCACAAGGCACAGGCUUUGCAAUUUUCACUUGCAGACUCUCCCUUGAAGCUACGGAAGGGUACAGGAAAGGGUCCAGGGAACUCAUUGCCCAAGGCUUCUAGAAAAAUGACAAGCAAGGGCCCCAAGUGUUUGACUCUCAAAGGCUCCAAGGCUGGGCCCCGACGAGGCACUGGGCCCCAGAGUAAAACCUGCAAAGCCACUGGGUCCCUCAGUGGCCUGAGGGUGAAAGGGGGCUCUGUCAUGGGAACCAUAACAGCCCAAACCAAGACAUCUCGAACACUGGCCAAAGCUGCUCGUGCCCAGGACAAGGUGGCCCAGGCCAAAGCCAAGGUGGCUCAGGCCAGAGCCAAGGCAAAGGCAGCACAAAUCAAGGCUAAGGCUAAGGCAGCACGAAUCAAGACCAAAGCAGUGCGGGCCAAAGCCAAGGCAGCGCGGGCCAAAGCCAAGACCAAGGUGACACAGACCCAGCCUGGGAGCAGAGGCAAGCCCAAGGGGUCUGUUCAGCCCCAGGCUACAAGAGGGAGUCAGAAAAGACACCCUGGGACUGUGGGGCAGAAGAGAAAAAGGGUUGAGGAGGCAAAAGAGCAUCUACCCCUGAAGAGAACACGACUUGGGUCCCAAUCCCCUAAAGCACAGCUAGGACCUGGUACUGCAAAGCUGCUGAAAUUCCGAGCCAUCAAGGUUGACCGAUGUUCCUCGGAUGAUGAGGUGCUGCAGCGGGCUCAGCGGAUCCUCCGUGUGAACCUGUCUCCAGUGAUACAGCUCCAGCCACUGCUGCCAUACUCAGCACCCUGA